AUGAUGGUUUCAGGCCAAAUUGUGUGUGUCACUGGCGCAGGAGGUUUCAUUGCUUCAUGGCUUAUUAAGCUUCUCCUAGAAAGAGGUUACUUUGUCAAGGGAACAGUUCUAGACCCUAAUGAUCCCAAGAAUUCUCAUUUGAGGGAACUACCAGGGGCUAAGGAAAGAUUAACUCUUUGUAAAGCUGACAUUCCUGAUUAUGAGAGCAUUCUCCAUGCAGUCAAAGGAUGCAGUGGACUCUUUCACGUAGCCUUUCCUAUUGUGAAUGAUUUGAAACGAGUUAUGGAGGCAGCAAUCAGAGGAACCAUGAAUGUGAUGAAUGCCGCAGCAGAAGCUCAAGUUAAACAUGUGGUUUUCACGUCUUCAGUGGCAGUAAUUCAUAUGGAUCCUAAUAGGAGUCCUGACAGGGUCGUCGAUGAGACUUGCUGGAGCGAUCUCAACUAUGUCAAGACCAUUUUGGACUGGUAUUCUUAUGGGAAGAUAUUGGCAGAGCUGACAGCGUGGGAGAUGGCAAAGAAGAGAGGGGUGGAACUGGUGACUGUGAUCCCUUCCUUCACUAUUGGUCAAAUGCUUCAACCAUAUACCAGUAAUUCUGCACUUCACAUUAUCAAGUUACUCAAUGGGUGGCAUAAGAAGUAUGGCAAUUAUGUACAGGGUUAUGUUCACGUCAGGGAUGUAGCUUUGGCUCAUAUUCUUGUUUAUGAGUCCCCUACCGCAGCUGGCAGGUACCUCUGCCUUGGCACCGUGCUUCACCGGGCUGAGAUCGCUGCCAUGCUUCUUCAGAUGUUCCCUCACUACCACAUUCCCACCAAGUAA